AGCAAUUAAUAAGUUACCGGUCGAUUUAAUAGCCCAGUUUCAAUAACAGAAAUUGAAUCUGGUCACUCGUUUCUCGAGAAAACUUUUCACAUUUAAUCAGUCAACCAGUGCAAUAUAACAUAACGAAGGCAAAUAAGAUAAAGCAUAUAAUUGCUGUUAAAUUACAUUUAAUAUCGUCAUUGCUAACUGUAUGCUAAACUGCAAUGUUAAUACAAAUGUUAACAAUAUUUUUUAUAGUUUUGAUAUAAUUCAUUUAAUUCACUAAUCGUCGUAUUAAUUAUAUACCGCAAACGCAUUAAAACAUUUUGAAAGAAAAUUUCGAAAAAAGACAAGAGAAAAAAUAAUAAUAAUAAUAAAAAAGAAAACUAUAACCGACAAAUCUUUGUCUUGUGAAUUGUGUGAAAUUAAGAGUGAAAUCGUUGUUAUGUACUGGACUGCAAUAAUUGUAAUAACAUUAACGAUCCUUUUAGGGGAUUUUGUUCGCAAACGACGCAUCAGUAGUUAUUUUCGUAAACAUGGAAUACCAGGUCCAAAAAUAUCUCUACCCCUAAUAGGUGAUAUUUUGGUAACUCUGGGUAACGAUCCUAAAAAUGUUCUUAAUUUAAUGCGUUAUUUUCGUGAACAAUAUGGUAAAGUUUGUCAGCUUUGGUUUUUUAAUUUUCUGUUCGUAAUUGUACAAGAGGUUGAGUACUUAGAACCGAUCUUAAGCAGUCCACGCAUAAUAAAGAAAAAUUUCGUUUACGAUGUGUUACGAGGUUGGCUAAACGAUGGCUUGUUAUUGAGCAGCGGUUCAAAAUGGCACGCCAGGCGCAAAAUUAUUACUCGUUCGUAUCAUUUUGCCAUAUUGGAGCAAUUUAUCGAAGUCUUUGAUCGACAAAGUGAUCUUUUCGUUGAACGUUUGCGAGGAAAAGCCGAUGGCAAAACAGUGAUUGACAUGUUCUCGGAAGUGUGUCCAACUGCCUUGGACAUCAUAACAGAAACUGCUAUGGGUGUUAAAAUUGAUGCCCAGAAGCACCCAAAUUUGCCAUAUGUUAAGGCAUUGGCAGAUACUACUCAUCUCAUAGCUGCCAGAGUCACUCAGCCAGCCUAUUAUUUGGACAUUAUUUAUCAUAUAACCCAUGUGCUGGAUAAUAUACGUUUAAAGAGAAGCGUUAGAAUUAUGCACGAGUUCACUGAUAAUAUUAUACGAGAAAGGCGAAAACGAUUACACGAAUCGAUUACAGAAAACCAUCAGAAAAAUGCUGAAGCAGAAGACCACUCGGAAUUCGGUAUUAAAAAAGGUGUAGCUUUUCUCGAUCUUCUGCUGCAGUCUACAAUCGAUGGUAAGCCAUUAAGCAAUGACGAUAUACGGGAAGAAGUAGAUACGUUCAUGUUUGAAGGACAUGAUACGACCACUAGUGGCGUUUCUCAUACGUUAUACUUGCUUGCUCGUCAUCCCAACGCACAACAGAAGGCCUACGAAGAAGUUCAACAUGUGUUAAACAAAUCCAAAACUGAAUCGAUUACUAUGAAAGACUUGCAAAACUUAAAGUAUUUGGAAUGUGUCAUUAAGGAGGCAUUGCGUUUACAUCCUUCAGUGCCUUUAAUAACACGUGUUUCGGAGGAAGAAUUCAAAAUCGGAAAUUUAACUCUACCUCCUAAUACUCAAAUUGUUAUACCUUUGCAUGCCGUCGCACGUGAUCCUAAAUAUUUUUCGAAUCCUGAUGACUUCCUUCCCGAACGUUUUUUAUUAGAGAAUACUACUAAAAUGCAUCCGUUUGCUUUUGUCCCCUUCAGUGCCGGUCCACGUAAUUGUGUGGGACAAAAAUUUGCUAUGCUUGAAAUGAAAAUGAUUAUCGGCAAAGUAUUGCGAGAUUAUGAAUUAUUACCUUUGGGUCCCGAUAUUGUACCGAUAAUGACUUUAAUUUUACGUUCAACAACAGGUUUCAACGUGGGUCUAAGGCAACGCACUCGCAAAUUAUUUAAGAAAUUUGUUUUUUUGAAAAUGUUCUGGACAACAAUAAUCUGCCUGUCACUAAGCUUACUGAUAUGGGAUUGCAUUCAUAAAUAUUACACUAAAAUAUAUUUAAGCGAACGCGGUGUAGCAGGAUGUAAGCUAUCUUUGCCGUUGUUCGGUGAUGUCUUGCCAUGGAUCGGCAGUGAUAUAACGAAAAUUUUUACUUUAUUUGACACUUUCCGUAUUAAUUACGGAAGAGUUUGUCAUUUCUUCAUAUUUAAUAAGCUAGUAUUAAUCGUCCAAGAUGCUGAAUACUUGGAGAUCAUUUUAAGCAGCAGUCGUCUGAUAACAAAAAGUUUUGGUUAUCGUAUACUCCGUAAAUGGCUAAGUGACGGCUUACUAAUGAGUACGGGUCCGAAAUGGCAUGCUAGACGAAAAAUUAUUACGCCCGCAUUUCAUUUCGGAAUGUUGGAAAAGUUUAUAGAGAUAUUUGAUCAACAAAGUGAGAUUUUCGUUGAUAGCUUGCAAGCCAAAGCCGAUGGUCGAACGGUGAUUGAAAUGUUCUCUGAGGUAUGUUUAACUACGUUAAACAUUAUAACGGAAACGGCUAUGGGUGUCAAAAUUCAAGCUCAUACAAAUCCGGACUUCCCAUACACGAAAGCUCUGACUGGCGCAGCUAAUAUUUUAGGUGCACGGGGCACACAACCUUUUUAUUUUUAUGAUAGUAUAUUUUAUUUAGCCCGUCCUUUUGAUGCAAUGCGUUUGAGAAGCCAUAUCAAUACUAUGCACAAGUUUACAGAUCAAAUCAUCAAAGAUAGGCGAGAAAGCUUAAAACAAUCCUUCAAAGAUAGCUCUCACAACACUUUUGAUACCGAAACUAAUCAACUGGGAAUACGAAAUCGUGUAGCUUUUCUCGAUCUUCUAUUGCAAUCGACAAUUGAUGGUAAGCCGUUAACUAAUGACGAUAUACGAGAAGAGGUAGAUACUUUCAUGUUUGAAGGACAUGAUACCACCGCUAGUGGCAUAGCGCACACCUUGUAUUUGCUUUCUCGUCAUCCCAGCGUUCAAGAAAAAGCCUACGAAGAAGUUCAACAAGUAUUGAAUAAAUCUGAAAAUGGACCGAUUACGACAAAAGAUUUGCAAGAUUUAAAAUACUUGGAAUGUGUUAUUAAGGAAGCUCUACGCUUAUAUACGCCAGUACCCUUCAUUGGGCGCGUUAUAGACGAAGAAACCAAAAUUGGCAAUGCAAUCAUACCAGCGGAUACGCAAAUUAUGAUCUCCUUAUAUAAUAUCAGUCAUGAUCCUCAAUAUUUUCCAAAUCCUGAAGCAUUUUUACCCGAACGAUUCGUAGCAGAGGCCAAAAAUAAGAUCCAUCCAUUCGCUUUUGUGCCUUUUAGUGCGGGCUCACGUAAUUGUAUUGGACAAAAAUAUGCGAUGCUUGAAAUGAAAAUGAUUAUUGGGAAAGUUUUGCGAAACUACAAACUCUUGCCUUUGGGUCCUGACGCUGUUCCCGUAAUGAGUUUGAUCCUGCGCUCAACGACAGGCAUCAACGUAGGCUUAAGUCGACGUCCGCGAUAUACAAAAUUAUAAAACAAGGAAAUUUUUUAUGAAUAAAUCGCUUGUAAAUCGCUUGUGUUGUA